AUGGGGGACGGAGAGGCCCGGUACAUCACCCGCGUGAGCCACACCUCUCAGCGGGCAGCAAAGCUCUACUCCGGGGUCCAGCGAGUCGAGUGCAAGACCCGAAGGCGGAAGGGACGCGCCUUAAAGGAGAAGCUGCAGCAGGCUCGGUGUGCCGCCUCGUCUGCAGAUCUAGACCCCUGGCUCACUGAGAUUGUUCCUGUGGCUGAGGUAGACAUCGUAGAACCAGAGAUUCUUGUACAGGUCGAGGGGACAUGCCCUGAAUCAGCCGAAGGGCAGGUGCCGGCGAGUAUCCUCCCACUGCUACAGACAAAGUUCCCCUGUGCAACCGAACAAGAUGCAAAGCUAGUAGCGCCCCUCCUUGAUUCUGUCAAGCCCGUAAUAAUCCUCUCCAGCGAAGCUCCCCUCAAGUACAUUACGCUGCCGUUACUUUUGGGAUCCCCCAAAGUGAUGCUGUUUGUGUCCUCGAGCAUCACGCGGCGGGAGUCUUUUCUCUACAGUGUUAAUACACGAAAGCAGACAGGCGGGCCACAGAAAUCUUAUGGGGUUCACUGGGGAUAUGGAUUCAAAAGUCUGGCAGAGUAUAUUCCAUUUGCCGAUAUAUCCUACUAUUGCUCAAUGGAGCAGAUUGAAGCCUACAGGCGUGCGCUAUGGAAGAAUACCCCCAGGGCCGUGGCUGACAUGCUUGACACCAGAUUUGUCUUAGCCGUUGCAAUCUCGUGCCAGGACUUCCUCUCGUGCCCAUUUCAGCAUUUCCUCUCCCUUGUGAAGACCCCAGUUCACCACCUAGUCUUAGACUGGGACUCUCGACUCAGAGAUAUAGCCUUAAAUCGGGCCGCUGCUUUAUGUAAGCCUGCCCGACAGAUUGUCGUUAUAGAAAGGGCGCCACCAAUUAGCCAUGAAGUAGGUACACACUUGCAACUUAGACAGGUUUAUGUGAAGACCUUUUCAGAGGGCAUGCAGGUGCUUGCUGAUAGUGGAAGGUUAACCGAACCGUCAUCCAUGCUUUGCAUAGUAGACUCAACGAACAUACUACACCCUAACAAGAGUGCUAGUGUCACAGACAGUGGAGCACUUUGUGUACACCUUAGCACACUUCUGGAAUCUUGGACUAUUGAGUACCUGGUGCUGUCAGCAAAGUAUGAGCCCUUUGCCUUAAGCCAGAUUGACACGCUGGUUUUGGAUUGCAUAGCUGUACCUACUCAGCUUGUCAUUGAUAGCAUAUGUCUUCGCAGUGGCCUUUCCACAAUGAGAGGAUUGACUUUUGUUGCUCAGAUUGUUUCUCCUAAUGCAGUUUUUCAACACAUCCAAAGACUGCUGAUCAAAAGUCUCACGUCCAUUCUUUAUGGAUUUCUGAUUGGAAGCCUGCUUUCAUCCCAGAUCCGAUCCACGACUGAUGAGCAUGUUGUUCUUAGCUUUCAGCGUCUGAGCUUCCAGUUGAGAUUCUUGACAGGGCUAGUGGCUCCUCCUCUCGACGCAGAUCUCUGGUGGAAUGCUAUGUCCGAUGUAGCCGCAUCCAUGGGUCUGUCUCUGCAUAGCUUCGGUCACGAAGUUUAUACGUACAAGCUGCUAGGAUCAAUGAAGCAAGCGACCAUUGAACGCAAAUAUCCUGUCUGCCAAUUGAUCAAGCAGGCAUGCGAACUAGAAAGCACGCCAGAGCGUUUUACCAUGCGAACCCUGCUCUGUCUUAUGUCAACCUCUCCACCGAACGGAGUCCCCCUAGAUCAUGCAGAUUUAGAGAGCCACCUAGCGGCUAUCCACGACGCUGAAUCGCAGAUGGUAUGCUGUCCACGCUACACUGAGCUUCCACCCUGCAUAUUGUUUUCCCGAACGUCGGUUGAAAAUUCAGACCUCACAUCUGUUAGCAACCGGUAUGCUACCAAAGUUCUUGAGGAUCUGAGAAUGGGCCUGGACUCCCUGUUGGUUCAAUUGAUAGAAAACUACAGCAAAGAGCUUAGAGAUAGUGUACAGUCAGAGUACUCAGAUCUCAGUAAGCAUGCAGAAGCCGUGCCUUCUGUCAAGCUUUGGAAGGAAAGACUAGUUAGCCUGCAACGUGCAACCGGGAAGGAGUAUAAUCCAAUUGCCGCAUGCAUUUCUCUGCUCGCUGAGGACUCCAUGGACACUUACCAACUGCACACCAUCACCGCACUGAAACUAUCUUUGGAUCACGUUGCUGACCAAUGCAGCUUAUUCGCUGGAGUCGCUAAGCAUAUGCUUAAGGCGACUGACGAUUUCUUCAAUCGUCUGAAUGUCUAG